CCGCGUCCGCCGCCCGCUCGGCUCGGCCCGGCCCGGGAGGCGUGCAUGCCCCUGCUGCCCGCGGCGCUCACCAGCAGCAUGCUCUAUUUCCAGAUGGUGAUCAUGGCAGGGACGGUGAUGCUGGCGUACUACUUCGAGUACACCGACACGUUCACCGUGAACGUGCAGGGCUUCUUCUGCCACGACAGCGCCUACCGCAAGCCCUACCCGGGCCCGGAGGACAGCAGCGCCGUGCCCCCCGUGCUCCUCUACUCGCUGGCCGCCGGGGUCCCCGUGCUCGUGAUAAUAGUUGGAGAAACUGCUGUGUUUUGCCUACAACUAGCCACAAGGGACUUUGAAAACCAGGAGAAAACCAUUUUAACUGGAGAUUGUUGCUACAUAAACCCACUGGUACGGCGAACUGUGCGAUUCCUGGGUAUCUAUACAUUUGGGCUAUUUGCCACAGAUAUCUUUGUAAAUGCUGGGCAAGUGGUUACCGGGAAUCUGGCUCCGCAUUUUCUUGCCCUGUGUAAGCCCAACUAUACAGCACUUGGCUGUCAGCAGUACACACAGUUCAUCAGCGGGGAAGAGGCCUGCACAGGCAACCCAGAUCUCAUCAUGAGAGCAAGGAAAACGUUUCCAUCCAAAGAAGCGGCUCUCAGUGUCUAUGCAGCUAUGUAUCUGACAAUGUACAUUACCAACACAAUCAAAGCCAAAGGAACAAGACUUGCUAAGCCUGUUUUAUGUUUAGGCUUAAUGUGUCUGGCCUUUCUUACUGGACUCAACAGAGUAGCAGAAUAUCGAAAUCAUUGGUCCGAUGUGAUAGCAGGCUUUCUGGUUGGAAUAUCUAUAGCAGUAUUUCUGGUUGUGUGUGUGGUAAAUAAUUUCAAAGGACGACAACCAGAAAAUGAACAUAUCCACACGGAUAACCUGGCACAGAUGCCAAUGAUCAGCAUUCCUCGAGUAGAAAGUCCUUUGGAAAAGGUAACAUCUAUACAGAACCACAUCACCGCCUUUGCAGAAGUCACAUGAUAUUGAAGCAGAUGGUUUGUCACUGCAUUGGACAUCGUCCCUUUUCACCAUCCAUUCAUAACACCCAAAGUCUGUUUGAUUACAAAAGAAGUUUAUAGAGUUGUCUAAUAAUUUUUAUAAUUUUCAAAUCAGUGUCAACUUAUCUGUUUCCCCCACUAGACUGUGAGCUCCUCAAGGGCAGGGCUGUGUCUUUCUUUUCUGUAUCCCCAGCACCUACAACAAAGCCUCGCACAAAGUAGGUGUUCAAAAAAUGUGAUGACCGAAUGAAAAAAAUUAAUCCUUAAAUAAAACACUCACUUAAGUUUCUCACAGAAUCACUGAGACUAUGUGAAAAGAAACCUUUACACAAAUUAUAUUGUAUAAGAAAUCCCUCCAUUUGGGGCUACUUACGUUUUUUUAAGUUCUUAUACCUACGCAGCAGUAUACCGUGUUUGAUUUGAAGUGGACUUUGAAAGUCAUGGGGGUUUUAUGUUAUUAUUCAGCAUGACAUUAUUUCCAUUCUAACAGAUUUCAGUGUGUGAAGUUACUUUUACAAAGUAUGUUCUAUACUAAAAUAAUGUUUGCACAUAAUAUUAUGCUAUAUUUCACUUAAAAUAUCAUUCAUACUAUACAUUCUAAGACUGGUGCUUCUGCUUUUGAAGGGGAAAAUGCCAAUUUUUACUGUAAUAAGUAAUGUAUCAUAAUUAAAAAUUAUUUAUUUGGACUUUUGUUCCUGACAAUUGUGGUUUAAUCAUUGACUUGUAGCUUUUGAAUAAUGCAGGUAGUGUUUAGACUAUUUUAAGUGACUAAAUCAGCAAUGGUUGCUUCACAUUGAGCAAUUUUCCACUGAUAAAAGCAUCUCAAGAGGGAUGAAAGUCUCCAGGCUUUUUACUAGUCAAGAUUCCACAUAAUUUAAAACAGGAAGGAACCACAACCUGACACAUAAUUAAUAAUCUACAAAUUCCAGAAAUGUGGUUCACACAUUUUACUUUCCAUUUUUAUAGUACUUUAUCGUUUACAAAGUACAUUUUCAUUUAUAAUUUUAUUUAAUCCUUACAGUAACCCUGUGUAAUCAGUGAAAAUUGCUUCAGUUUAUAAGUGAGAAAAAUAAAGCUAAGUCAAGGUAAAUAAUGUGCCCAAUUCCAUACAACUAGUAGGAGGCAGUUAAAAUUUAAAUUCAGGUUUUCUGACCCUGAAAUAGUAUUCUUUUCAAAUAUACCACAGCUAUUGUAUCAUUUUGGACACAUCAAAACAUCUCAGAGUCCUGGACAACUACCUAUGUUUUUAAAAAAAAUGAAGAAAUACCAAAAUAGAGUUAUAAGAGCUAUGUUUAUUUUAAAUAUUUCUGUAUUGAGAAUGAGCACUUUUCAGAUAUACAAUUAUAUGGUAACCUAUUUUUAAUUUUCUAUAAAAAUAAUGUCAGGAGUCUAGAUGUGAGGUCCUGUGUCAAGUCAAAACCUAAAUCGGGUAUUUCUCCUGGGAUCCUCACCCCGCCCCCUGCUCUAAGCCCCACCCCUCGGGAGAGGCCCCGGGGACAUAACUCACAGUGAGCAAAAGAAGGAUGAGUGUGUGUCAAUAACUUUAUGAUCCUUAAAGCAACCCUGUGUAGCUUUGUCUUCUAUGAGCAGUAGUUAAUUGACUGAAAUGAAUCUUCCUAAUAUUGACAGUAUUAAAGAAAAUAAACUUUAAAUUUUCUCUGUAAUUUCAACAGAAAUCAGCACAUAAGUAUAACCAAAGACUUGUCCUUUAUUCCCCAAAUAGAUUUUACUUGCUCUUCUCCACCACUAGGGGAAUUAAAACACUUUUUGUAGGGCCAGGAGCAGAAAAAUCAAUAUUUCUACCAAAUUCAAACUUCUAUAGCAAUUCAACUUUGUUGGAAAUUUAAAACACGAAAAAGGUUAGAAUGCUUCAUCCUCUUUAAUGACUUUUUUAGGCAAUAACUGUAAUGGGGAAUUCACUUGCAGGAAAUGGAUGUGAAAAGGAUGAUUAUAAUGUCUUCGGAGGCAGGAUUACCAGUAAGAUUUCUGGAGUUAAAUCAGUUCUGUGCGUUCUGGAAUCAGUUUUCCAAGGAGCCAGUUUGGCAUAUUUUUCUUGUUGGAAGCCUUAGCUACAUACUCAUAUGCAAAUAUUGUGUCUUUGUACCUUGCUAAACGUGGUCCAAAUGCAAGAGUUAUAAAUUCCUCAGAAACCCUGAUUUAUCCAGGAUCACAGUAAAGUAAUCUCUAAUAUUAAAUUUAAUGGGCUUAAGAUUGGACAGUGAAUGGUCCUGCUGUGAAGGAAAUCCAGAAGAAAAAGAUACACAUGCAUAGGGCAAAAGCCGGCAAAGAACCCCGAACCACAAUGCUAUCACUGCGAAUAAUGAAAAAUACAUUUAAGAAAUUAUUAAUUUGUAAAUAUGUACAUAUGUAGUUUAGUAAAAGCAGGCAAACACAUACUUUUCUGAUAAAGACAUCUUUUUAUUCUACUUACUUGGGGCCCAGGUCAGUAUAAAUUGGUCAGCCUGGAAAUUUUAGUAGUCUCUGUUUGCAUGGCAGAAAUUCUGCACAUGUUUUAUCUGAUUCCUAAGAUUAUUUAAAAGGCUCUUUUAUGUUAAAAGAGAGGUGAACCUUCUUUGACAGACUGUUUUUUCCACUUCUAACUGGGCCUCUCUUCUCAGGAUCUAUCCUAGCCAAAUAUCACAGUUACAUUUACCAUAGUUUCCUUUGUGAAAGAGCAGUAGGGGAGGACAUAAUUCUCUGCUGUGUAUUGUAUUUUUCAAAUAAAAUUUUAAAAAUUAAAAAAAUUAAGUUUGAUUUUUUUUGUAAUUCCUUUCUUAAGGGUAGAUGAAUAAAGAACAUGAUGUUAUGAA